GUCUAUGAAAUUUCCAUUGAGUUUGGCAGUGGCCGGAAGGAAAUUUCCAUUACGGUAUCGUCUGUCUACACACGCAUUUAUCAAGCUCUUUAAAUCUAUAGAAACUAGCAAAUCAAGAUAGAAGAUAUAUAGUGUUCUCAAUUUCAAAUAUGGCUUCUUCUUCUUCAUCUUCAUCUACUACUGCAUGGGUGUAUGAUGUUUUCUUGAGUUUUAGAGGAGAAACACGGAAAUCUUUUAUUGAUCAUCUUUAUGAAGAUUUGCGUCAGGCUGGAGUUAACACCUUUCGAGACGAUGAAGAAAUUCGAAAAGGUGAGAACAUCUCCGAUGAACUAUUGAAGGCCAUCGAGGGGUCCAAGAUAUCCAUCAUCGUAUUUUCCAAAACUUAUGCCCAUUCCAGAUGGUGUCUUGAUGAACUAGUAAAGAUUUUAGACUGUAAGAAAAAUUUGCAACAGAUGGUUCUGCCUAUAUUCUACAACGUUGAUCCUUCCGAGGUUCGUAAACAAACAGGCGAAUUUGGUAAGGCAUUGGCUCGACAUCGACAACGAUUUGAUGAUCAAAAAAUUGAUGAGUGGAAAGUUGCACUCACUACUGUUGCUGAUUUGUCCGGAUGGGAUUUACAAACCAUGACAAACGGGUAUGAAUCUAAGUUCAUCAAAAAAAUUACUGAAGAGGUAAUGCGGGAAGUGAAUCGUACAUACAUGAAUGUUGCAAAGUAUCCCGUUGGAAUUGAAUCUCGUGUUAGAGAUAUACUUCAUUUAUUGCAAACUCAAAAAGCUAAUGAUAUUAAGAUGAUUGGAAUUUUUGGCAUGGGUGGUGUGGGAAAAACAACCCUUGCCAAAGCCAUUUACAACUUGAGUUUUCAAAAGUUUGAAAGUUGUUGCUUUAUCGCAAACAUUAGAUCACAAGCUUCAGAUGGGUACAAUGGCUUAGUUCGUCUACAAGAGAAACUUCUUUGCAAAACACUGAAUGGAAAGAAACUUGAAAUAGAUAAUGUUGAUGAAGGAAUAAGUUUGAUUAAAGAAAGACUGCGAUCAAAAAGUGUUCUUCUUGUUCUUGAUGACAUAGACGACACUUGUCAACUAGAAUCAUUAGCAGGACAACGGAAUUGGUUUGGUUCAGGGAGCACAAUUAUAAUAACAACUAGAGAUGUUCAGUUGUUGAGUGACCUGGAAGCACAUGAGAAGUACAUGGUAGAAAUGUUAAGCCAUGAUGAAUCCUUGCAACUCUUGAGUUGGCAUGCUUUUGGUGUUCCUAUACCGUUAGAGGAGUAUAUUGAACUAUCCGAAAGGAUAGCAAGUUAUGCUGGUGGACUUCCACUAGCACUUACAAUUAUAGGUUCUCAUUUGCGUGGCAAAUCAGUGCAAGAAUGGAGUGAUGAUGCUGAGAAAUUAGAAAGGAUACCUCAUGAUGAUGUUCUAAAAAUUCUUAAAAUAAGUUAUGAUUCACUUGAUGAUGACACUCAGAAUAUCUUUCUUGAUAUUGCUUGUUUUUUUAUUGGGCAAAACAAAAAUGACACUUCUAUGAUAUUGGAAGCUUGUGGUUUUUAUGCUAAAAGUGGAAUAAGAAUUUUGAUUGAAAGAUGCUUGUUGACAACAUAUGGAGGUGGAGAGUUUGAAAGGCUUCAGAUGCAUGAUUUAGUACGAGAUUUGGGAAGAGAAAUUGUUCGAAAAGGAUCUUCAUGUGAGCCGGGCAAACAAAGUAGAUUGAUUGACCCAAAGGAUGUCUUUGAUGUUCUUCAUGGGAACAAGGGCACAAAAGCAAUUGAAGGGAUGAUUGUAAAUUUUAACAUGUUAAAGAAUGUGCCUUUGAAUACUCAAAUAUUCAAAAAGAUGGUAAAGUUACGAAUACUCAUAUUGAAUGGUACGUGUCUUAGCGGAUCUUUUAAAUAUUUAUCCAAUGAGCUCAGGUUGCUUAGAUUACACUAUUGCCAUUUGAGUUGCAUACCAUCUAAUUUUCGCUGUGAGAAACUUGUUGAGUUAGACAUGAAAGGUAGCAAUAUCAAAGAAUUCCAAUGCAAUAUGCAGCAUUUUAGAUGCUUGAGGAUCUUAAAGUUCGAUUAUUGUGAACAACUUAAGAAAACACCAAACUUUACUGGGGCACAUACUCUUGAAAAAGUAUCCUUUAGGUGGUGUUCAAAGUUGGUCAAGGUACACCCAUCAAUUGGAAGUUUGGAGAGACUUGUUGAGUUAGACAUGGAAAAAUGUAAUAUCAAAGAAUUCCAAUGCAGUAUGCAGUAUUUUAUUUUCUUGAGGAUCUUAAAGUUUGAUUAUUGUAAACAACUUAAGAAAACACCAAACUUCACUGGGGCACAUACUCUUCAAAAAGUAUCCUUUCGGUGUUGUUCAAAUUUGGUCGAGAUACACCCAUCAAUUGGAAGUUUGGAGAGACUUGUUGAGUUAGAUUUUGAAAGGUGCAAGAAACUCAAGGUUCUUCCAAGUAGCAUUUGCAAGUUAAAAUCACUUGAAGUUUUAAAUUUGAAUUCUUGCCUAAAACUGAGGGAGCUUCCAAUUGACUUGGGAAAAUUAGAGCAACUAAGAGAGUUAAAUGCUUUUGAAACUGACAUCUCACAUAUACCAUUUUCUUUGGGAUGUUUGAGAAAUUUAAAGAAACUGUUUCUGCAUCAGCACACUGAGAGAUCAGGUGAUGGUGCUGUUUUUUUUCCACUUUCAGUUGCAAAUUCGUGCUCCUUUGAAGUUAUUGAGAAUUUGAGCUCAUUGGUAUCUUUAUAUUUAUCAGGAAGAAGUUGUUAUCUUCAAAGCUUACCCUUCCGCCUUUGUCAUCUUUCAAACUUGAAAGAUCUUGGCUUGGAGGAUUUCCAAAAUCUUAGAGUGCUUGUAGAACUUCCUCCUAGUUUGGUGAAGCUCUUUGUAAACAAUUGUGUCUCAUUGGUGAAAAUAGUAACUGUAUCAAACUUGAAGAAACUUAAAGUGUUGAAUCUUAAAAACUGUGAAAGUUUGGUUGAGCUUCCAAACAUGGAGAUUCUUUCAUCCUUAGAAUGUCUUAACAUAAGCAAUUGCAAUGCUUUGAGUAUUCCUGACAAGUAUUUGCAUGAAGAAGAUUUUCCAAUUGCUCUUAGGAGUUUGUCCUCCUCGUUGAAUGAAAUAGAUUUAAUGGGAAGUUGUUAUCUUCAAAGUUUACUAUUAAGCCUUUGUCAUCAAUAUUCCAAUUUGGAGAUACUCUACUUGGACGAUCUGCAGAAUCUUAGAUCACUUCCACAACUUCCUCCUAAAUUGAGGAUACUCUCUGCAAAGAAUUGUGUCUCAUUAGAAAAGAUAGCAGAUCUAUCCAACUUGAAAGGACUUUGGUCACUAGAUAUUCAGAACUGCAAAAGUUUGGUUGAGCUUUCAGGUUUGGAGAGUCUUGAAUCCUUUUGUAGUCUUGGGAUAGCAAAUUGCAGCAGUUUGAGGAUUCCUUCGAUUGAAAAGUGGUUCAAGGUACCCUCCAAUGGUGAUAGUGUCGAGAUUAUGAUUCGAGUGGACGUUGGAGAGCUAUCCGCCCUCUAUGUUUCUUUAAUGGUUUCAUUUGAAUGGGAUGAUGUAAUUGAUCCCAGUGAAAUUGAUGGUUGUAACGUAAUUCGUUUGAGCGUGAGAAGCAAAAGCAGUGGUGCUUGGAUUCUGAAGGAACGCAAAUAUUUUAACAUUGAAGCCAGUUGGGAUGUAGAAUACAAAUAUUUUAGCAUUGAGGUUCCAACGACAAUGAUGGGAGAAGUAUUGGAGGUGUAUGUAGAAGUCUACCCUUUCCAGAAGAUAUAUUGUUUAGCUGAAAUACAUAGAAACAGAGAAGGGGAAGUGCGUUUCUUUCCAUCCACAAGGGGAUGCAUUCCUUCCUAUAAUAAGGAAAUGGAGAGAGGAAGAGGAAAAGGAAGGUGGAGAUAGGUAGAGGCGGGCAGAGGCGUUUUCUUCCAAUCACAAGGGGAUUGAUUCCUUGUGUUAUGACCCAGCUGGGACAAGAUGGACAAAGGAAGAGGAAAAGGAAGGUGCAGAUAGACAGAGGCGGCAGAUCUAUCCGGCAGAGGCGGUUAUAAUCUUCACCUUUUAAUUUGCUGCAAAAAGGCCCGAUUAUUAUUAUUAUUGUAACUUGUACAAUUUAAUUUGAUCAAAGCAAUUAAGAAUGAUUUUUAUACCAUUUGGAUGGAGAUGGAUUCAAUGAUGGGAGGUGUACGUAUAGUAUGCACAACAAGUGUAUAAGAACAGGAUGGCUGGGGGAGUAGGAGAAGACACACAGAACAUGUCACAUUUGCGAGUUAUGAAGAAUCAACAAUUAAGAAGAUGGUGAGAGUACGUGGAUGCAAAUUGCAGUGGUUUGAGGUUAAGUGAGUUUAAAAGAAUUCAGUUUGAGGUCCAAAGAAUAAUUGGAGAAGUACUAGAGAUGCAUGUAUGCAUUUGGUAUUAAUUAACUCUUAUAUGGAAUAUAAUGCCAUAAUAUAUAAUGCAGGCAUGCAUGCUGUGAGUGAAGGUGACACUGCAUGUCAAGAUUUUGCUUUAAGUAUGUAAAACAUUUGCAUUAUUCCAACGUUUUCAUCAGACGCAUGGAUUCGUUUAUAUGUUUUCGAUGGACUUUCAUUUUGGUCGCUGCAAGCAAUGGAUCGGAGUUGGUUGGUAUCACUCCCAGGAAGCAAAGCCAGUGGUGCCUCGGCAAGUAAAUAUCAUAAUAUAUUUAUGCCAUUGCAUGUUCUGAAUGUGACAGUGUCAAGAUUUCGCUUGAUGAAGUGAUAUUGUGCCAACGUUUUCGAGGCAUGAAUUCAUUUAUAUGAUUUCGAUGGGUUUUGUUUUGGUGACUGCAAUGGAGUUCGUAUCGCUACGAGAAGCAAAACCAGUGGUGCCUCAGCUUGGGUUGGAGAUGAAUGCAGUGUGGAGAAGAACAAGUAUGGAAGUGUUGAUUUUGAGGUGGCAGUAACGGUGGGGGAAGUAGUGGAGGUGUUUGCAGAAUUCCAUCCUUUGCAUACACUUUUUGUAUUUGAAAUGCAGAGGAACAGUGAUGGACAAGAAGGCCUUCCCUGCAAUUUCAUCAACCUCAAUUACAAGUGGUAGAGCAGCAUCAUGUUUGGGCUUAGCAUAUACUAUCUCAUAGUUUGUUAAAUUCUGCACAGACAGGUUCAACUGAAAAGUGUUUGCAAUAAUCAAACUAUUGGUCUUCUCUUACAAGAAUCAUGUUUCACCCACUCAAUUAUCUUUUGAGCAUUUUUCUUUUCUUUUUUUAAUCCAUGUGUAUUGCAAGGAUGACAGAAUUUGACAUCAUCACUCUUUUGGAGUCCAUGCUAGUUUCAUUAUAACAAUAUUAAAGUAUCAUUUUAAUUCUA